GCAUGUUCGUGUCCUGCCUCUUCAUCAACCUCUACGGCAGUCUUGCCCUCGCUCUCAAAACCCCUCUUUACCAUCGUACAAACAGCCAUCAUCCUCUUCUAGCGGAAAGGUCCACGACUGUUGAGAUCGUGUCAGGUGCACGAGGUGACCUCGAUACCAAAAACAUGCCAAGGUUUCUAAAUCGACGUUUUGUGCCGAGAUUUGCUUCAAAUGAUAACACAGACUUCGACGAACGGUGUACGCAGCUUGUGGAGCAGACUUCAAUUGAAGUGACAAGCAAAGAGCGGUGGGUUGUAGACGUCGACCUUGACCACCAGCAAACAUUCGUGUGCAUUCUCCUAGUUCUGCUGGUGGGGUUGAAGGUGUUGCACCUCGGAAAUUGUGCAGUCCAUCAUCUGUCCUUUUCGAAACGUGUCGUUGGCCUAUAGAAUACCAGACAAGCUCAUGUCGGCAUGCCUAACCCAAGGCAAAGACACGUCUCGGCCUCGUGGACGAGUUCAUGUCCUGAAGAGAUAUUCCGAUCCGUUGCCGCUACGACUCACAAAGUCGAGUUGGCUGUUUCCUCGACCGAUGAGCUCAGAAGGCGGCCCCAUCCAACGCAGAGUUUGGCAUGGUGGCACACACUAGAAGUCUCGGCGUACCCAUUCGUACUGCGGCACCAGCAACACACAUCUUCGUCUAUAGCGAAUUGUCGGCGAAGGUCUCACAACGCGUGAUGCAAUAUGCGUAAGAACAAGUAUUGAACAUUACGUCAACAUAUAAUAUACAGAUAUGAAGCCUAACAACAACCGGG